ACACAUAAAUAGGCGGAAAAGGACUUGGAACUUUGCAGUCACUCGUCCCGACAGCCACAUCCACAGCUCUCCUCUCCCCUUCUCCUCACCUUCAGCCCUCUACUCCACUCAGCUGCAGUCCAUCAUUCAUCUGGAACCCUGAGCAAACCCAGUCUUCUCCCCCGAUCUACUCUUAUCAUGGACACCACAAAAAUGACUAUCUCCCUCUUUGAGGCACUCUGUCACCUGAUUGUCUUGAUGCUAAGUCUGGGCCAAGGAAUUCAUUCGAUGCCUGUCCCUACUGACAUCCCCAUGUGCACAGCUUCAGAAACUGCCCAGUAUAGUCUCACAUUUACUGGCAAGUGGACCCAGGCAGCUUUUCCUAAGCAGUAUCCUCGCUACCGUCCUCCUGCACAGUGGUCAAAUCUUAUUGGGGUGACCCACAGCUCUGACUUCCACAUGUGGCAACGUAAUGAGUUUGCCAGCAAUGGAGUGAGGGAGUUCACGGAGAAAGGUGAGGCUUGGACGCUUGUGAAGGAAGUCGAGACGGCCGGUGAACGCAUCCAGAGUGUUUAUGGGAUCCUCUCCGCUCCCGCUGUCGUGGGCGGCACAGGCCAGAUGAACACUGAGUUUGAGGUCUUUGCCAGGCACUCCUUUCUGUCAUUUAUUGUACGGAUCGUCCCAAGCCCAGACUGGUUUGUGGGUGUGGACAGUAUAGACCUGUGUGAUGGCGACCACUGGAAAGAAAAUGUGUCAGUGGAUCUUUUUCCAUAUGAUGCAGGAACUGACAGUGGGUUCACCUUCUCGUCUCCCAACUUUGAGACCAUCCCACAGGAUAAAAUCACACAGAUCACUUCCUCUUUCCCUAGUCACCCAGCCAAUUCCUUCUUCUACCCCCGCCUAAAGCACCUACCACCCAUUGCGAAGGUCACACUGACCAAAAUAAAGAAGACCAAUAAGAUCAUCAGCCUGCCCAUGGAGCCCACUCAAUCCAACCAGCUGCCAACAGGAAAUGAGAUUGAAGAUAAGCUCAUAAAUACCCCUCUGGACUGUGAAGUGUCAGUGUGGUCUCCCUGGGGCUUGUGCAAGGGCAAAUGUGGAGAGUCAGGCGUUCAGCACCGCACACGCUACAUCAUAAUGCACCCAGCCAACAAUGGAGCAGCCUGUCCCCUGCUGGAGGAAGAGCGGAAGUGUUUCCCAGACAACUGUUUAUGACUAGGCCAGGAAAGGAGGGAAAAGAAAGAGAGGAAGGAGAGGAGAAAGAAGAAGGAGAGGAAAGCCAGAAAAGGGAGGAAAGGACGAAGACGCAACAGCAACAAUAAAAGGUCCGCAAUUUAAUCACAUGAAGUUUAACCAUCACAAACCAGCUUCCAUCGGCUCUCCCUGGCCAAACUGUUUCUGUGGAAAUCACUAAUAUACAUACUGAUUAUGUGACUGUUCAACUGGGAGAGUGUGCCUUAAAAAAAUCCUUAAUCUUCCCUUCAUAUUGAUAGAUCUGACAGCACUAAAGAGGUGUAGUUUGGCAAAAUAGCCAUUAGACACCAAUUCAGUUUUGGCAGAAUAUCAAAAUUGUCUGGGGAGAGAUCAAUGCUGUUUAGUAAUUAGAAAAUGAGCUGAAAACACAAGUUGGCACUGUAAUUGGAUUUGCUUUGACACUUCUGAAGAUCACAAAUAUUUGUUUGCUACUCCAAGCAGCUUUUAUUUAGAGGAUUUAGAAAAAAUCCUGGCAUAAGAUCCAAAAUUAUACAAAUUAUAUCAAACUAAGAAAAGGUGGAAAUACGGUGCUUCAAUAGCCCCAUUAGCAGAAGUAAUAUGAUAACAAAAGUGACAUAUACACUUUCCUAAAUUUAAAACAUAAUGUUUAAAGAAACAUUGCGCUUGUUUUCCUAAAGAAAAUGGAUAUAUUUAUUGACAGGAUUUUAACCUGUAGUGUACAGCAUAUGAAAUCUGAAAUAAUUUGUAUUCCUUUACGUUACUGAGUUAAAACAGAAAAACUUGCUUUGUAAAAUACUAAAACACUAAAAAUAUGUGUAUUUUUUUUGUAAAGCUCAAUAAAAUGUGAAUACAA